CAGAGGAAGGGAGAGAGAAAAUAAAGGAGCGAAAUGGAUACAAGAGAAGCAGGAUCGUCCUGCGCUCUAUGGAUUGCAUAUUGAAACAAGGAGGGGCAUGUAGAGGGAGGGACAUUGGAGAUUCCAGUCGGUGUGUUUGUAUGAGGAGAGAGAGACGCAGAGUGUGAGAGAGAGGAGCUGUGCAUGUGUGAGUAUGUGUGUGUGAUGAGCUGUGGACUCGUUGAACCUGUGCAAUAGUGUCUCUAUCAGAAGCCAGUCUUGUUUGAGCAGCGACUCGCCUCAGCGCCUCUUCUGUGCCAGUGCCGGUGCUGUGUUGCCAUGCUCAAUGCCUGAUGCGCUCAGAGGACACAGGCAACCCGGGAGACAGCAAGAGGGGCGUGAUGGCCGGACGCACCCUGACUCGGUCAUGCAUCUCCAGAUAUCUGCCUGAGCUUCUGUUGGAUUCUCCUCCUGAUCCCCUUCAGCCCUCAUCAGUGUCCUUCCUGUGUGUCUCCUGGAGACUGCCUGCCUUCCUGCUGCCGCGCUCUCUGAAUGGAUGCUGCUGUCAAAACACAUGUGUGGCUUACAUUGAGAGCCCAUGAUCUGGACUGGACUGCAUGCAGCUCUGGGUAUACUGUGACAUGCUGCUUUGGGAAUCAGGAAACUGAUGCAUUUUUAAAGACUUUACCUUUUUAAUUUACAGCUUCUGUUCAUGAUCACAUUCUUGAUGACGUAUGAUGCGGGGCAGUUGUUUUUCUGAAUUGAACCAUGAUUUUUGCUCUGCAACAAGAAGAAUGAAGAAGGUGGUCUGAACAGCAUGUUUGAUGGAGAUGCUGAACAUGACAAUAAUAAUUCCAAUCAGGAGUGCAGCUUCUUUCAAGAUGAUGAAGAUUUAUUUGCUUCAGUAGCUGCAUACAUAUGCAGUGGAUAGAUUGUAGCUGGGUGUUUUCUAGGAACAAAAGAGCAGCUUGGACUGCACUGACAGUGUGCUGAAGGAAGAGUGGAUUCCUUUUCUGUAUUCCAGAAAAUAUUUAAUUGCAGUCAGUGAACAAAUCUGUGGCUGAAAUCAAAAUACAAAAAACAGAAAUAGGGAUUUGGGGAAUGGAUGAAACCAAAAAUCCCUUUGCUGUUGUAUCUUCCAAGGAGAAACUUAAUCUCCCUCCAUGUAAGUUUUCAGUCUCUGUCGUGCUGUCAGAUUCUUUUACAUCUCAACACGCUGGCAAACUGUCAGUUCAUGUCGCUCUGUCUGGUUUCAUUCAUCUACUGUGUGUCUACUGAACCCUGACCACAUGAGUGGAGGCGGCGCCCUGCAGCAACGCACCACCUACCUCAUCUCCCUCACCCUGGUCAAAGUAGAGGCCGUGGAGGAGAAUGGAGGGGAGGCCAAGAACAGCAGCCAGAGGAAAGAGGUGGAAGCUGGUAAAGGGGCCGAACCUGGUGGACGACCAGGAGAAGAAGAGGCCGGGGCUGAAGGUGGAACCCCUGAAGGAGCUGAGAAUGGAGCUGGAGUGUUCCCUGGGAAAGCAAACACUGAUGAAGAUGCUGCUAAUAUUAAAGGCAAGUUAACUGAACUCAAGGAUGGAGAGAAGAAGCCCCUUAGCCCUUUCAAAGACAAGCUGCCCUCUACUGUUGAUGUUCCAACUAAAGGAAGUGAAAAGCCACCAUGCAACCUCUCAAUCCCCCUCCCUACUGAGAGGACUACGAUUCAGAAGACAAAGUCCGAAGAUGUAGACUUGACAAAAGGGCCUAGCACCUCAGAAGCAAAGCAAUGCAGGUCUCCAUCCUUAACCACCACUCCACCAGCAGAGGUGGUCGAGCCCAGUCGCACCCCGACGAGGACCAGCCUUCCCAUUCGUCCAGCUGGACAGCGUCCUGUCAGCCUGCUCAAGUCUCACAGCAGUGUGGCCUCCCGUGGUCGGGACUCCAGGGACGGCAGAGAGCGCAGCCCUACCUCAGCUCAGAGUCUGGACCGCAAGGACUGCCGCAUGCCUACACGCUCACCUGGCCCCUGCAGGGCCUCUUGGGCUGAGGCAAGCAGGCCAGAAGGAUGGAGAGACAUACGGGAUGAAGUUCAGGCUGGAAUACCGCUGGACCUUGGAGGUGCAGUAAUGAGAGACAUUCCAAGGAAGGAAAGGCUAAAGACAGGUUCAACAUCUCUACCUGCACCUGCAAACCAGGCCUCAAAACCGGCACGAAAGGGGAAAAGCCGCACUUUGGAUAACAGCGAUCUGAACAGCCUUUCUGAAGACCUGGGACUGGCUCGAGAAGCCCAGCAUGCACAGCAGGGCCAACGAGGCUCCGCUAAGGACAGGAAGAUGCUAAAGUUCAUCAGUGGCAUUUUCACAAAGAGCAGUUCAGGGGCAGCAGGGUCAUCUUCCACAGCGCCUCCGGUCUACAUACAGAGAGAUUCCAGUGAAGAGGAAGUAAAUAUCGCCAACAGCCAAGAGUGGACCCUGAGUAGAUCCAUCCCUGAGCUUAGACUGGGAAUUUUGGGAAGUCUUAAAAGUGGAAAAUCAGCACUGGUGAACAAAUACAUAACAGGCAGUUACAUUGCACUCGAGAAACCUGAAGGUGGCAGGUAUAAAAAAGAAGUGCUGGUGGAUGGACAGAGUCAUUUAUUACUGAUCCGGGAAGAAGCUGGACCACCUGAUGCACAGUUCAGCAGCUGGGUUGAUGCAGUGAUCCUGGUCUUCAGUCUGGAGAAUGAAGCCAGUUUCCAGGAGCUGUACCAGCUCUACAGUCAACUCAGUUCACACCGCACAGACAUCCCAGUCAUUGUGGUCGGCACCCAAGAUAAAAUCAGCAGUACCAACCCUCGUGUGAUAGAAGAUCAGAGAGCAAGACAGCUGUGUAUUGAUGUUCGUCACUCGCUGUUCUACGAGACCUGUGCCACGUAUGGGUUCAAUGUCGAUCGAGUGUUUUCAGAGGCUGCCCAAAAAAUUGUAACUCAGAAGAAACAGGCAGCUCUGCAGGCCUGCAAGUCUCUUCCAAACUCCCCCAGUCACUCUGGAGGCUCCACACCUGGAUCAGCAUCGUUCCCCAGCCAGGCCAGUAAUGGCCCGAGUAGCGGCUACGCCUACUCCCUUCCCUCCACUCCGGUGGUCAGUCACAGAGAGCUGCGGGUUGCACAGGGAGAGGGGGUAAGCAGUGUCAACUCACGCUCCCUGAAGAACAUCCCCAGACGGCCCUCCCUCUUCAAGAACCGAGAUACAGAAAAGAAAUCAGGUGAUGCUAAAGGAGACCUGAGCAGCCUACGGGGCAUUCCGAUCAAACAGAGCAUCCUCUACAAGAGAAGUGGGAGUUCUUUGAAUAAGGAAUGGAAGAAGAAAUACGUCACUCUGUCCAACAAUGGCACACUGUCUUACCACUCGAGUUCCAGUGAUUACACACAGAACAUACACGGAAAGGAGAUUGACCUGCUGCGUGUGACAGUUAAAGUUCCUGGGAAACGUCCUCCAAGAGCUGUGGCUCCUGCAGGGCCCUCACCCGUCCCUCUCACCUCUGUACCUGGACUCAAUGGACUGAGUAAAGAGCAGACGACGGCUGAAAACACCAGUACAGUUCCUCAGUUGUGUCCAAACACACUGUCGGUUGUGGAUGACCGGUCCGGUGGUUUGUCUCCUCAAGGGGGAGACAGAGGACUUCAGCGCUGCGCCUCCUCAUUAUCCACCAAAGCACAAAGUGUUGAUGCUCUUGAAGGAACAGCUGGUCCUUUUGCUGGCAAAGACUCCGGCCAGGCGUCUCCCAUGAGCGACCGGAAGAAGAACAGGAGGAAGAAGAGCAUGAACCAGAAAGGAGAUGCAGCCGUUGGACAAGCAGAAGCCAAACGCAAAAUGUGGAAAUUAAAGAGCUUUGGUAGCUUGAGAAACAUUAAUAAGACAGAGGAGGAGAAUGCAGACUUUAUUAUAGUGUCAUUCACGGGGCAGACGUGGCACUUCGAGGCUCAGAGUCAGGAGGAGAGGGAUUCCUGGGUGACUGCAAUCGAGAGCCAGAUCCUGGCAAGCCUGCAAUCCUGUGAGAGCGGCAGAAACAAGGCACGGCGGAGCAGCCAGAGUGAGGCUGUAGCACUGCAGGCCAUCCGUAACGCCAAAGGCAACGGUCUGUGUGUGGACUGUGAAGCACCAAAUCCCACCUGGGCCAGUCUUAAUCUGGGUGCACUCAUCUGCAUCGAGUGUUCAGGGAUCCACCGAAACCUGGGGACUCACCUCUCUCGGGUUCGCUCGCUGGACCUGGACGACUGGCCUGGAGAGCUCACACAGGUCCUCGCUGCUAUCGGGAACCACAUGGCCAACAGCAUCUGGGAGUGCUGCACCCAGGGCAGGACCAAACCCACCCCGAACGCAACACGUGAGGAACGAGAGUCUUGGAUUCGGGCUAAGUAUGAACAACGGGCGUUUGUUGCGCCUCUUAAACCGGCAUUGAGUAACCAUUUGCCAGAGGACAGUAUGCCAGAGUGGCUGCUGUCUGCGGUGACUGAGAGAGAUCUGCCCCGGCUGCUGCUUCUGCUGGCUCACAGCAACAAGGAACAGAUCAACGCUCAACCAGCUGGGCUGCCUUCGCCGCCUCACACUGCCCUGCACGCUGCUUGUCAGCAGGGAGAUGUAGUCAUGACCCAGCUGCUUGUAUGGUAUGGAAUCGAUGUGAAAGUGAAAGACAGCCAGGGUCAGACUGCAAUAAUGCUGGCCAGAAAAACAGGAAGCAAAGGGUGCAUUGAUAUCCUACUCCAACACGGCUGUCCUAAUGAGACCUCCCCGACCACUGCCACUCCUGUCCUUUCUCGUCGUUCCAGCACUGCCAGCCUGGGACGAACCAGCUCCAGGAAGCGGGUGUCGUAGCAUGGACCAGGAGAAUAUCACAGAUUAUAAACCUUUUAACAAUGUGGAUCCAGGCAGACCUGAAUUAGAAGGGUGUAGGAAAAAUAACUACGGACAGAAUUAUAUACCAUAGUACUAAGGAUUUAAAAGAGUUUCCGAAGACUGAACAACAUAUCAAACAACUUAAAAGCAAUAUUCCUUCAAUUUGUUGACAUAUUGCUGAAAUACUGUGUUGUUGACCUCAUUUCAAAAUGACUCAAGUAGAACUUUGUAGCUGUCUACUGUAAUUUUACAACAGACAGUCGAACUGCAUCUGUUUCACUUCCUCCAGAAGAAGUGCAAUAAUCCAGCGAUGAUGAAAAGCAACAAGUUUUGAGCGUGGAUAGAGUGAAAUUUUGGAGAUGACUGUAUGGUCGCAGUUGUGAGAGAAGCGAUAGUUGAACGAGAAGAUGAUGCUUUUAUUCAGAUUUGUUGUGACUGGACCAAAACAAUUUUUUUUUCCCCCUUUGGCUUUACAAAUAAAACAUAAACCUACAAUAUGUCAUGUUGUUAGUUAUGUGUGCCUGUUCCAGCAGUUAAGGUCGGUUUAACCAAUAUAAACAGUUUUUCAGUGAUGAAUCAGCUCAGAUAAUUAUGGCAUUCUUAGACUAGAUAAAUUAAUGGUUUGGAAUAUGAAAUAUGUCAGUGUUACUCUCACAGGUCAAAGAUAUGGCGUUUUAAUAUAGUGUAAAUGUACCUAUACUACAUACUGUACUUAAUGUUAAACUGUAACAAAGCCACAAAUGAAAAGUCAGACUCAAUUUUGUAAAUGAUUUCUUACUGGUAGUUUUGAAAAUAUGUCAGAUUUGUUUUCUGUUUGGGUUUGUUUUUGUUUUGUUUGUUUGUUUGUUUGUUUUUUUCAUUGUCUUUUAUAAUUUCUUAUUCUUUUACAUGUCAAGCAAGAGUAACGAGUAAGCACAUGGUUUUACAUUAUAACAUGUGUCAGCAUUUUUGAUUUAGGAUAGCAAAGGAUGAGAUGAGGACAAUGACAUGACUCAUAUUCAUAUCACUGUUGUGCAGGUCUAUCCCAUACGUUUACGGUGAAAUAUGAACUGGUCGCAGGUGUCAGUGUUAUUUUUGACACUGUGUGAAUCCCUUAUGAGCUAAAAGAAAUGACCACAAUGAAAUAAACUUUUUUAUUAGCAUUAUUAUGA